CAACAACGCCGGCGAGGACUUAAUGGAUGGGCUUCUCUUAUUCUCUGUUGCAGUCACUUUGCUGGAAUCCAUCUAACGAAGGACACUUCGCGACUUGAACCUAGGCGGUGAAUGCUGAGGGGUUUCUUUUACAAAAUUGGAUUUUUGCGGAUUUCUAAAAACUGGAUAAAGGAUCGGACUCAUUUUUAGUACUGUUAAAAAAAACCAAACCAAGGCACAACUUCUAGACUAGCAGAUAUUGCUAUAUGCAAUAUCUGGACUUUUGGAUGACCUUCCUAAUGAGAGAUCCAGUUAUCCAAGGCACGAGUAUGGCAUACCACCCGUUUUUACCGAACCGGGGUCCAGAGUUUGCCAUGAGCGCCAUGCUGGGCCACCAACCGCCUUUUUUCCCAGCUUUGGCAUUGCCACCGAACGGCUCGCUUUCACUGCCAGGAGCGCUCGGCAAGCCCAUAAUGGAGCAGUUGAUGGGCACCGCGGAUUCGGGCCUGCAUUUCUCCGCUCUGGGACAUCAGGCCGCCGCUGCUCAUCUUCGGCCUCUAAAAACACUCGAGCCAGAGGAGGAAGUGGAGGACGACCCAAAAGUUCACCUCGAAGCGAAGGAACUUUGGGAGCUCUUCCACAAAUGCGGCACAGAAAUGGUCAUCACCAAAUCAGGAAGACGAAUGUUUCCUCCGUUUAAAGUAAGAUGUACUGGCCUGGACAAGAAAGCCAAAUAUAUUCUGUUGAUGGAUAUUGUAGCGGCUGAUGACUGUAGGUAUAAAUUUCACAAUUCGCGAUGGAUGGUGGCCGGUAAAGCUGACCCCGAAAUGCCAAAACGGAUGUACAUUCAUCCCGACAGCCCAGCCACUGGCGAACAAUGGAUGUCCAAAGUCGUCAACUUUCACAAACUCAAACUCACCAACAAUAUCUCCGAUAAGCAUGGAUUUGCCUUGUUUUCAUUUCAGACAAUUCUGAACUCCAUGCACAAAUACCAGCCAAGAUUUCACAUUGUUCGUGCCAACGACAUUCUCAAGCUCCCCUACAGCACGUUCAGAACUUACGUUUUCCCCGAGACUGAUUUCAUUGCUGUUACUGCGUACCAAAACGACAAGAUUACACAGCUAAAAAUCGACCACAAUCCGUUCGCUAAGGGGUUUCGAGAUACUGGAAAUGGAAGACGUGAAAAAAGGAAACAGUUGGCCUUACAAUCCUUACGAUCCUACGAGGAACCACAGAAAAAAGAGAACGGCACUUCUGACGAUUCAUCCGGGGAACAGACUUCGUUCAAAUGUUUUCGUCAGGCCUCUUCUCCUGCCGUGGCAACCGUUGGUCGGCAGAGCUUAAAAGAUUUCUGCGACAGCGAUGAAGACAGUGAUGAGGACGAAAGGGACGCAAACCCCAAAGAAGGACCAGACUCAAGCAAAAUCUCCACGACGACUGAAGACGCAAAGGAGCGCGAGGGUGCUUUGAUCAAACUCAAUUCGUUUGGAGAAGGCGACUCUCGAUUAAGAGAGAGCAGGACUGAGAAAAACCGUGCCGAUUCGCGACAGAGUCCUGUAACGCUCAUUUCCAGCACCACACGCUCGGGAGAAGAGCUUAAAAGUCCCGCUGGAGAGCAGUCCAAACUGGACGAGUGCCGCUCCGCAAGCAAGGAGAGUUACACGACACCACUCACUGUUCAGACAGACGCCGGCGUGCAUCUGAACCAGAGCCACUUGCACAGUUUCGGAUUUCCGCCCGGUUUGGCUGGGCAGCAGUUUUUCAAUCACCUGGGAAGCGCCCAUCCUUUCCUCUUGCAUCCCAGUCAGUUCAAUAUGGGAGGUGCGUUUUCCAAUAUGGCCGCCGGGAUGGGGCCUUUAUUGGCAGCCGUGUCCUCCGGAGGAAUGACCAGCAUGGACACGGCCAGCAUGGCGUCACCGUCACAAAGUCUAGCUGGAGCGCCGGGAGUGCCUUUUCCUCUGCAGCAACACGUUCUGGCAUCUCAGGGUUUGGCGAUGUCUCCCUUUGGAGGCAUUUUCCCUUAUCCCUAUACGUACAUGGCAGCAGCAGCUGCUGCUUCUUCUGCAGCCACCUCCUCAGUCCAUCGCCACCCGUUCCUUAACGCCGUACGCCCGCGUCUGCGGUACAGCCCUUAUUCAUUACCGACUGUCCCGGACAGCACUUUGCUCACAACCGCCAUUCCUUCCAUCGACCUGAAGGGGGACAUCAUGGCUUCCAGUCCCGUCUCUGCAACGUUGGACUCCACGUCUGAGGUGACCAGCCGUUCCUCGACUAUAUCCUCUGGCUCGCUGUCUCUUUCGCCAAAAACGGGCUCUGAAAAAGAUUCAAACAACGAGCUGCAGAGCAUCCAGCGCCUUGUGAGCGGACUCGAAUCAAAACAGGACAGAGCGCGAAGCGUUUCUCCAUAAUAAUAAUUAUCAUUCGUUAUAGUAAGACAUGAUCUGCAUUGGGAAUCAUUAAGGACAUUGAUGAUUCGGAUCGUGUACGACGGCGCCCUGUUAGCGAAAGCGGGUUUACAUAGGCUACGGACCUAUAGAUUAAAAAUGGUCGAUUUAAAAAAUGCACUUUGGUGAAAAACAAAAUAAAAUAAAUAGUUGUGUUCUUGUCUUGUUAAAUUAAAAAAAUCUUUUUUUUUCUCUCCUGAUAUUUGAAUAGAUUACCGUAGAAGUAUUGAAAAUGAACAGCUUGACAAGGAAAAUGUCACAGGUCGAAUAAGCUGCUGCUGUUCUCACGACGUUUUAUGUCAAGUUGCUGGGGGUGUCAACAGAAAGAAAAUAUGCACUCUUAAUAGGUUCUUAGUUUAUUGGAUAUCUCUUUAUCUAAUAAAAUACUGCUGUGUUUUUAAAAAAAAAAUAGUCAUUAUAUAGUCUAUUGUUUGAAGCCUGUCUUUACUGCCAAAUGGAAGCAGGCGUUCUGCAUGUUUUGUUUUUUUUACCAAAUACAGACAACUACAUCCAACACGUGAAAAAUGACGACGAAGCAUUGCGUGCAAUAUUACGUCACGGGUUUACUUUCAUCCCGAGUGUAGACUCAUGUACCCUAAGUCAAUGAGCAAACAGUAACCAAAAGUUCGGACCUUGCAAACUCUUAAAAUACAUGGGUUAUAGCCUCCAUUAAUCAAACUAUAUGAUAUUGAAGGCUACCCGCGGUACACAAAAACAAUCCAUCGUUCACAUGAAUUGGGGAAAUGGGGAAGCUUACCGACGGACGCGGUUCUAAUGACUAUAAUGUAAAUAAUAACAUAUAAUGUAGCUAAAAAGUAUUUAUGUAAUUAUUUCAUAUGAAUAUUGCUUGUAAAUAUAAUGGAUUUGGUUUCUUCAUAGGGGAUCUGUUAUUAAUUUAUUGUUGAUAUACUGUGUAAAAAAAUCUUUGUGAGGUAUCCUCUUUGCUUAUGACAUUCACGUCGACGUCCCUCUGACUAUGGAUUGUAUUGAGCCCCGUAAAAUAUCUGCACUGCUAGGUUCCUAGCAGACCCAUGUGCCAUUGUUCCAUACUGUUCUCUGUGUUUAAGUGUUUCUGUUCAAACGCAUUAAAGGCGACAAAGCAGUGCGCCAGUGUCUUCAUCACGAUUAAAUCAUCUUCUUUUUAUGUCUAACACACAAAAAACACGAAAAAAGCUUAUAUGUUCAGAAAUAGGCUACGUUUGUUGCCAGAAGUGUAAAGUAAGAUUUUUUGUAUAUAUUUGUGUUUUUUAUUUAAUUUUGAACAGUUUACAUCAGCAGUGUUUUCUUGAAAGUGUCAAUAAAAAUCUUAAAUCAAUCAAGAUUUAAAAUUGGUUGAAGAAAGCGCAAAAUAAGGAGACGAAUAACUUGAGAAAUCUUGAAAAUGUGAUCAUAUUAUAAAGAAAUAUUAAGUUAUGAGUGCAGAACAGGAGGGAGGCUAAUAUAAUUCCACUGAAGAUGUCAAAUGCAUCGUUUUUGCAUGCAUGUAUAGUGUGAUCUACACAACAGCUAUCCAUCAAGGGGUUUUACCGAAUGCAGUUUA